AUGGAUGAUGUACCACCUGCUUUAGAUGAAUUUUUAUCAACUGAUGAAAGUGAUGAUCUAUUCGAUGAAAAUGGAGAAUUAAAAUUGCCAAAAUACACUAUUGAUGAAGGUAUUCUAACUAGAAGUAGAUCGGGAUUCAAAGGAUUUGAGGGCUUUAAAAAGAGUUUAAAAAGUGGUCUAGACGUUGUUGCCAGCGGUGUUAGUAAUGUUGGAGGAAUUACUGAGGGAGUUGUCAGUGAUGUAGGUGCUGCUGUUAGUAAUGUUGGAGGAAUUACUGAGGGAGUUGUCAGUAACGUAGGUGCUGCUGUUAGCAGCGUAAUGGGUACGACUGACGAUUCUGAAAAAGAUCAGCAAGAAAAAAA